GAGCGGUCCAGAGCCGAAUUUAGCCGACGCCCCAUACGCGUCGGAUCAUGGACGUCGAGACGCAGCAUGGGAGCAGCACGAUGCUUCCGCCGGCGCCGAUGAGCAUGCCCGAGCGGUCGGCGUCGCCCCGCUUCGACCCAUCCAACUGCGAGGUGCACACGCUCAUGGCGAUGGACCCGAAGGAAGAGCCGCUGGCGGCGCAUGUGCGAUCGCUCUUGCGAGAGACGGACGCCGAUGUUGCUGGCUACCAAGCGCUUCGAGACAUUUGCCUCCAGACGCUGCAACCCAACGCGCUUCCGUCGGCGCAGGUCGCGCACCACCACAUGCCCAUCACGUCGACGGCGUUGGCGAACGCGGCCCAAGCGUUUGAAGAAAACUCGGUGAUUCAGGCCCAGAAGAGCCCCGUGGCCGGCAAAACCAAGCACAACUACACGUUGUGGCGGUCGUCCAAGGCGAAAGAAGGGGCCGAGCCGGCCGAAGACACGAUCUCGCAGCAACAGGCGCCGGUCUCGGACCUCAUCGUCGUCUUCAGCGGCGACAUUACGCCCGAAGACUUUGAGAAGAUUGAAAAAUCACCCAGCGGAAUCAAAGCCGACUUCAACCGCGGCCGGCGUGGGCAGUUUGUGUACCUCUGCCUCAAGCGUGACGCGGGGUCCCUCGCGGUCGGCUCCAAGCGACCACCGAUCAGCGAAGUCCUUCUGCUGUACCCAGAGAAAGGCGAGACGCUGCCGCCCAACUAUGAGUACGUGCUGCGGAGAGGCGUGCCCGCCAACCUCAACACGGGCGUGAGCAGCGAGAAGCUCUACAUGUGCUACAAGCGGUCGGCCACGUCGUACCUCACGGACAUUGCGCUCAUCGUGCCCAAGAAGGGAGAGAAAGUCCCUUACGGCUACAUGAAGAUCGACAAGUCGCUCACGGGGCAGUCGUUCGUCGACAGCUCGUCCAACAUGGAGGUCGCCCUUUGCUACAGGAAGCAGAUUGGGCUCCUCGAAACCACAAAGCCGCAGUGGUGGCAAGCAACGAUGAUGGACGUCGUCUCCAAGGGCCCCACGCUCAGUGACGUAACGAGUGCGCAGGUUAAGGACACGGAAGUGCGGGCCGAGUCGCCGACGACCGACGAACCAAGCGCGUCGUUGCCAACGCCAGCGGGUCCGACGACCACCGACACGGACCUCGUCAUGGCGACCAAGUACCUCUAUCCGCUCUUGUACGCAUGCCACGUGCGCCAUGGGACGGUCGCGCUGCAUGCGCUCAGGGCGCUUGAAACGUGCGUCAAGAACGAGUUUGUACUCGCCAACUUGUACAAGGACGACGCGACGCUGCUCCUCACUCUCGCGCAAACCGUCAACACGAGCUGCCAACAAGCGGUGCGCGACCGACUGCCGACGGCGAUGACCAUUCUUGCCAGCGUGAUUGGCGCCAACGACGCGGCGUUGAGCCCGCUCGUGCUGCACGAAUGCUUGAAAGCACUGCUCUUCAUCAACGACUUUGACGACGGCAGCGCCAAGGGGACGCUGGAAGCUCUCAUCCACCGCAUCAUGGACGGGCUUCCCGACUCGAGCGAAAAGCCGCCAGCGGAAGCCCCUUGGUCCUCAAGUAGUAGCAGCAUCGACGUGUGCAUGGCAUCGCUCGUCACGUCCCUCGCCGACAACGUCGUGACGUCGGUCGAAGUGGCCCGUGUGAACGAAACUGCCCUGAACGUCUGCAAGGGCCACGCGUCGAUCUACUCGACUGGCUACUGCCAGGAGCUUCAGGCGUGCAUCGCGCCCGUGCUGCGGUCCAACGCGGCAUGUCUAGCCUACCACUUGCUCGCAACCUUGUCCAAGUACGCGAUGAAGCGCAAUUGCUCGGGCGCCGACGACGUCGACUGCGCGUCGAUCUGCAAUACGCUACAGCUGCUGGACGCGGCGCUCGUCGCGGGCGCGAAAGCGUUCAAAGAACAUGCUUUUUUUGGGCAGCAGAUUCGGCGGUUUGUCACGUCGGUCGUGCACACGGCGGUCGUCGUGUGGUCCGAAGGUGUCUUUGGCUCGUGUCUGCGCUUGGUCUCGACGCUCUGGAACCACUACCGGCGCCACCUCAAGAUCGAGCUCGCGCUCUUGUUUGAGAACGUGUUUUUGCGCAUCUUGCGCACACCGUCGGCGGUGGCGGGCAGCUACCAACGUCUCGUGCUCCAAGAGCUCACACCGUGGUUCCAGCUACCACACAACGUCAUUGAGAUCUUCCUCAAUUUCGACAUGGACCGCCAGUUUGUGCAGCAGUGGAAGGUCUUUGAGCAAUUUUGCGCCGUCUUGUGCACCAUCACCGAGGCGGCGUGCGCGACCGCCGACGACGCCGACGAGCACGCGCCACCGAUCGGGGAACACGCCAUGACGACGCUUCUCGCGAUCCUCCGGAGCCUCAUGGAUGCGAGCGGGCAUGCGCACUUGAUCCUCUCCAACGACCGGACGCGGAUCUUGUCGAUGGCCAAGGGCGGGUGGGAGCUCGACGAGUCGAGCGAGCCGGCUGAAGAGGCGCCGACACUCACCGAAGCGCUGCCCGGUAUCCUCACGCGCAAGAGCUCGAGCAGCGACAAGAGCCGCGAGAACAAGCUCGGGUCGGCGUAUGGCUCGACCGUGCGCGAGCGCAACGAGAUGCAAAAGCAGAGCCAGCAGCUGCUCAAGCGCGGCAUGGAGAUUGCCGAGACCAAGAGCUUCAAGAAGGCGCUCGAGUACCUCAUCGCGAUGGGUCUCAUCAAGGAGACGCCGCGCGACAUCACGUCGUUUCUGCGCAUUUACCACACGUUCUUCGACGAGAGCGACAUUGGCGACUACCUCGGCGAAGGCGACGAAGAGUUCAAGCUCCACGUGCGCCUCACGUACGCACGCGCGAUUUCAUUUACGGGCAUGACGCUUGUCGAAGCGCUGCGGCACUACCUCACGAACGGCGGCUUCAAGCUGCCCGGCGAAGCGCAGAAGAUCGCGCGCAUGGUCGAGGCGUUUGCGCAGUGCUACUACGACGACACGCACGGCGCGUCGUUCGGGAGCUCGGACACGAUCAUGAUUCUAGCCUACUCGAUCAUCAUGCUCAACACGGACCUCCACAACCCGCAAGUUAAGAAGAACAAAAUGUCCAAGGACCAGUUUGUGAAGAACAACCGGGGCAUCGACAACGGCAACGACGUGCCCAAGGCGCUCCUCGAAGACAUUUACGACGACAUUCUCGCGACGCCGAUCCAGUUGAAAGGCCUCGCGUACACGAUGGCGAAGCGCGACAGCAGCCGCAACGCCGACGCCGAAGUCGACAAGUUCCACGUCACGCUCGCCAAGUCGGUGACGCAGUCGGAAGACCUCACGAAAGACCUCGCGUUCUCCAAGUACACGUUCCACUUUUUCGGCGUCGACGCGAGCAUUAGCCCCGACCUGGUCAAGAUCUUAUUCGAGCGCGUGUGGUUCCACUUUCUAGCACUCUCGACGACGAUUUUGAGCAACCACCAAGCCGACGUGGCCAUCGUGCUGCAGUGCCUCGACAUGCUGCGCUACUGUAUCUCGACGAGUCUCUUUCUCGAGAUGCACACGGAGCGCCAAGCGUUUUCCAACCAGCUCACGAAAGUCAAGACGUCGGCGUUCGUCAAGGAGCCACCGACGACGACGACGACCAGUGCGGCACCGCUGUCGCCGACGCAGGCCGACGGCGAGCCCGACUGGCUCACGACCAUCGAGAAGAACGCGGCGACGGCCGACCCGUGGACGGUCAUUGGCGACAUCCACGUGUACGUCAACAAGCUCAAAGAGUCGAUCGAGAAGCGCAAGACGGUCGAGACGCUCACGUCGGUCGUGAAGCGCAUCAACCACAGCCAGGCGUAUUUGCACGACACGACGCACUUUGUACGCGAAGGCGACUUGACCAAGCGCUGCCGCACCGGGCGCAACCGCCUCUACCGCUUCUUCCUCUUCAACGACCAGCUCUUGUAUGCAGACAAGUCGAGCAUUUCGAGCAAUUGGAACGCGCACCAGUCGCUGCGCCUGCGCCUCACGCGCCUCGCUGACAUCCCCGACAGCCUCCUCCUCCGGCACGCGUUCCAGAUUCUCAACCCGGUCAAGACGUUCACGGUGCUCGCCGAGAGCGCGGCGGCCAAGGCCGAGUGGAUGUGGGCGAUCGAAGAGGCGAUCGCAGAGGCCAAUAAGAAGACCAACCGCAUCGCGCGCCGCCUCACGCACCACCAUGGCAAGAAGCGCGAGCACAACAACCUGAUUGCAGAGGCAGCGAAAGCGACGACCGACCCGGUCGUCGUCGACGUCAAGCCCAGCAGCACGGAGAGCGUCGAGACGGCGCACCAGCUUUGGCUCUUUCAAGUUCAAGUGUAGGCGCACCACUCACUCCAUGCUAGUACACAUUUGCAUUGCUUGC